GAGCGAAUGACUUUGAGCGAAAGGAAGUCUUAAUAUGUUUUCUGCUAGUGAACAUCAAUAAAUGAUGUUUUGUGAAAUUUUGUGUCGACCGAAGUUUAAGAUGUAGAAUUGAAUCUGAUUUACCAUUUGGUCACUCCUCCCUGUAGUAAUAGGUGGAAGUCCUAAAUUUACAAGAAAUGAAUGAAGAAGCCGCUCAUGAGUUGGAGUUAAAAAGAGCAUCUCCUACAUGGUUGACAUUUAUUAGGAUUUUCUUCAGACGAAGAGUUCUAAUGCUUGCCUUGAAGAUAAGCAGUGCAGCAGGCUUAAUGAUGCGUUAUAAGUGUUUGGGAUUCCUGCUAGUGAUGUACUUUGUGGCCUUUGGUUGACUCGUUUCUUGUCAACCACCUUUCGUGUGUAUGUACACAGUUGUCUUUGGAUGAGUUGAUAUUCCUUACUUGCACAGAUAUUAUGGUUGUGCAUUGGUGUCUUUCAGUGACAUAAAUUGUAAAUGCUCAAUGAAUAAACUUUGUUUUGGCAGGUAUAUUGUAAAAUGGAAAUAUUAGCUGUAAGUUUUAAGUCUCUGAUAAAAUCAAUGUACCCAUGCCACAGCCUAGUUCCACAUAAUAGACUGGGAAAUGUGUCAUGGCAAUGCUAUUACAGAAAGUAUAAUACUAGUCAGCAUUAUAUCAGACAGUAUUACCCAAUUCUGAGGAAUGGUGGUGUUUUAUGUCCACAAGUGAGGCCUCAAAGACAAACAUUUGUACAUUUCUCUGUGAACAAUGCAGGCAACCGAUAUUUACAUACAUCAUCUCCAAAGUGUGCAUUGCCUCCAGCGCUGUUGUUAUUUUUGAGGCCCCUGUCUAAAUUUGCGGCUAUUUUGUUUGGCCGCUCAUUACGUAUGUGGUGGAAGAAAUUACCUGCUGAUAAAAGACUGUUCAUGUUAGAAGCAUUUCGAAGCCAUAGAUACCUCCUUCUUGGUCUUGGGGCAUCCAUUGGAGGUGGAAUUUGUUAUUUUUAUAUAACACACCUAGAAGUUGAUCCACUGACAAAACGAGAGAGGUUUAUUGCCUUCUCUGAUGACCAAAUGAAAGCAAUGGCAAAGAUAGAACAAGAGACGAUGCUAAGUAAGUUUCAAGGAUGUGUCUUACCAGCCUCCCAUCCAGUUUACAGAGAGGUGGCUAAAGUGGCAAUGCAUAUUUUGGAAAGCAAUAUGGAUAUUGACAAAGUUAAACACACAAACUGGUCUCUCAUUGUCAUCAACAGCAUUGAUGAUAAAAAUGCAUUUGUUCUUCCGAAUGGCACAAUAUUUAUAUUUACGGGAAUGCUGACAGUGUGCAAUAGCAUAGACCAGCUGGGGAUUAUUAUAUCUCACGAAGUAGCACAUGUACUUCUGUCACAUAUGGCAGAGCAGAUGAGCAGAUUGCAUUUACAUGAAUUAUUGAUGAUUGUGCCAAUUAUUAUAUUAUGGGCAUUGUUUCCUGAUGGUGUUGCCAUGUUUUCUCAAUGGUUGUCCAAUUUGUUUGUAAAUACUCUUGUUCACUUACCGUUUAGUCGCAGUGUUGAGUCUGAAGCUGAUGAAGUAGGUUUGCAGUUGGCUGCCAAGGCAUGUCUGGAUGUAAGGGAGGCCAGUGCAUUUUGGGAGAAGAUGAAAUCACUCAGUGAUAGUGAAUCUGAGGAAGUAAUUGAAUUCUUGUCUACCCAUCCUGCAUAUGAUACAAGGAAGAAGUUUUUGGAUUCGAAAGUUCCAGAAGCCAUGAAACUCCGAGAAAAAUGCAAUUGUCCAGCUCUUUCACCUCUUGACCCAAGAACUAUUAUUAAGACUGAAAUUUCACGGAAAAUACUCUAAUAACGUUGCAAGAUUCAACAGCGCAAACUCCUUGGUGACAGGAGUUUCGUCAUAUAUGGACAUGUAACACUUGAGAUCAGGACCAUAUGAGGUAGCAUAGUGGUAAGACGCUGGAACUGUGUGGGAGGACAGUGGUUCAAAUCCCCAUCCAGUCAUGUAGACUUAAAUAUUCCAUGGUUUACCCAAAUAGGAUAAGCCAAGGUAGUUCCUUUGUAAAGGUUACACUCCUGAUUUCCUUCACUCCAUCUUUCUACAAUCGGAGCUUGUGCUCCACCUCUAAAGAUGACCUUGUCGACUGAAUGUUAAAACCUAUCUUAUUCUUUUAUACUUGAUAUCAGGAUGUGUGUGUUUUCUCAGAAAAUAAAUAAAAUUGAUCUUGUCUUUUGUUGGUUGUUAGUGCAUCUUGCAAAGGAGUGUUUAACAUAUGCUUUGUAAUAGUAGUCUGUAACACAUUCAUGUCUAUACUAAACAGAAUUUCCUGAAUCCCAACAGUUUAAAUUUAUAUUGCAUUUUUGUGUGCAUUUGUAAUUUGAAAUUAUAAAACAACAAAAUAAUGAUGCUUCCAUUAUUUUAUAGUGAUAGCCACUAGUUUUUAGUGACUUGUUGGCUGUCAAUUUUCCCUUAGUGUACUUGCAUGAAUAUGUAACCUAUGUGGUCCAACUCCUGCUAUGGAUUUUCUUGUGUGGAAAUUUAAUAGCAUAAUGUUGUCAAAGCAUUCUGUAUUUUUUCCUGAUUGCAUGUCUGCAAGCAGUCCGUUUCUCUUUUUCAGUCUAUUCUUGACUGAAAGACAGAAUUUACAUUUUUAAAUUUAACACUUUGGGUACAGGGUGUUUAAAAUGUGUACCAUGUUCAUACUGGAGAUAAUAUUUGUCAAAAUCUAACAAAAGUCCUGCAAGCAUAUUUGUGAAAACAAAGACUUGUUAAUGUAUGGGCCAUUCUGUCAGGACAGCCAUUACUUUCUCAUCACUCCAGUAGGUGUGUGUGAUCAUCCUUUCUUUAAUAUCCUUUAGCACUUAUUAAAGAAUCAUGAUCUCAUGCAAACACACCUGAAAGCACUCAGAUUUGGUAGGCAUCAAUGGCCUCAAUGUCAUGCACCCAGACAGUCUUAAAAUCAUCACCAUAAUCAGAUUUAAUUACAUGUACAAGAAACAGGCUCCUGUAAAUUGUGCAUGUUGUUGAAAUGUGUGUCAUACACAAUGAUUUUAAAUGUUCACUUUGCCAUAACAUUCAAGUAAACAGGGACACCACACUGCUAGACCAUUUUGAUGAAUCCAUCACUCAUUAAAUGUUUUGAUUAAAGAUAGAAAAUGGGAUGGUGCCCCAUUGUGCAUGAACCACAUCUGUUGUUUUUCUGCAAGAGUAACAUUGUCCGGUAACAUGGAUAAUUUGUCAUGCAGAAGUUGUUGAUGAACAGUGUUCGUUAGUGUGACAGUGAAGGGUUCAGCAUUGUGAAUAUGAUACUAUCAUUUCUGCCCAUUCAUAGAUACGAAAGUGGACAUGUUGUCUUAUUUCAAUGAUCACUCUCUGUUUUGAAAGUGCUCACAUUGUGAGUGUUGUGAGAGUCUCUUUCAUGGGAACUUCAGCAGCUUCAUAUAGGCACUUUACUGCAGCCCUGAAACUGUAUUGUAUUUGGGAAUUUAAUGAUCAUGUAGAAUGCAUAAAUAACUAUACUUCUAGAAUGAGUUUGGAAGGUAGGAGACGAGGUACUGGCAGAAGUAAAGCUGUGAGUACCGGGCGUGAGUCGUGCUUCGGUAGCUCAGUUGGUAGAGCACUUGCCCGCGAAAGGCAAAGGUCCCGAGUUCGAGUCUCGGUCGGGCACACAGUUUUAAUCUGCCAGCAAGUUUCAACUAUACUUCUUCCAAUCAUUCAUGAACUGAACACUGAGUAUUGGUUCUUAAGAUUUUUUUUUAGUCUUUCACAUUUGAUGGUCUGAAAAAAAAAAUGCUUCUCAAAAAUGCAUUACUGAUUUAAUUUGGUCAUCAUGCCUUCUCUUGGAUGUAUCUGUCAAGCUGAUAUCCCAUUUCCCAAUUCACUGCAAUGUUUGUUUUAUUAAAUAUGUAACUCAUUCUGGUGGUUUAGCUGUGUCUGUAAUGAUAUUACCUAUUGGAUUAUUUUUAUGUACUGUAGUAGUUCCACUAGGAGUGUGGAAAUUGAAAUGAAAUUUGUAAUGUCACUAUUUCCACUGUUACUUAUAUGUUUCUUCUACACCUGCAUUUAUUAUAUCUUUUCUCUCGUGAUCUGUGUUGACAUUUCUUUAACUGCCUCCAUUUUGUUACAAAUGGAUACUGACACAAUGUAGUUAGCUGUUAGCUGUAUGUAGUGCACCCAAGUUGUAAUUUCUCAUUGUGAAAAACUUGAGUUGGAUUCUGAGUGUAAUAGGGAGUCCAACAGAAAAAUAGAGCAUGGCAUUGGGGCCAGUACAUGUGUCAGAACUUAAAAUUAAUAUCUGGAAGUUCUCUUUUGAUUUGGAAUAUAAAUGGGGCUAUUUGAAGUAAACUUGCUUGUGGUUUCUGAGAUUUUCUCAGGUUGAGUGAUUAAUAGUGAGCUUUCUUCUGUUCAUAUGAACUGUUAUUUCCAUUUUUGUGCAAUAUUUAAGUGACCAUCUCAGCCUUUAUGCUGGGUCUGUCAUCAAAAUAUUGUGCAUAAAAUGGAAACGAUGUGGCUGAAUGCCCAGAAGCCCAAUAUUAAAUUCACUUGCAUCAGAUCAAAUCAGAGAAAAACUUUUUUCUCUCCAGUGAUCCUGCAACUAUCCCAUAACCUAUCCACUCUUAUAAAACUAAAACAUGAGUGCAUUUGAAAAAGUUCAUGUUUGUUACUCGUGAAGGGACUGUUGCCUAAUUUGUAUUUAUGGGUCCAUCCUGUGAUACCUGCUUAUAUUUGUGUGCGUGGGUUGGAGAAGUAAAGUAAUAUUUGAUACUUGUUCCGUUUUGUUAACAAUGCUUGAGGUGUAACCUGAAAUGAGAUGUACAGAGUUACAGAAGACUGGUUAAAAAACUACACCCUUAAUGACUAAUAUGUCAAAUUUCAACCUCAUGUUGGUACUAAUUUUGAGUUUGGCUUUCCAUGCCUUUGUAGUAUCAGAAUGUGUCUAUAUUAUGAAAAUAAAUGUGAAAAUAUUAGCUUUUACCAUCAAACUGGUAGUACUUACAGUAAAACUGUGUGAAAAAUAUUCAGUUCCUUUCUUUCACACUCUUUGAUGUUUCAUUCUUCUCUUAUUAGAAGGUGUUUCUGCUGUAUAAAUGCCACUUUUAUAUACACAAAUGUCCCCAAACAUUGAAAUGCAUUUUUGCAUUCUGUCAGAAAUAAUCAGUGUGAAGUAAUUUGUUAACUGUCAUGUUUAGUAUGUUACCUUAUGUGGUUGGCCUUUUUUGGGAAAUUUUUAUAGUUCUAUAUAAGUGUGUUUUUGUGAACUAUUUAUCACAUAGUUUUGUAUAUUCAGUGCUUAAAAUUAUGUAUCAGAAAUGGCUUAAUCUGUGAUAAAGUUUUUGUGAUUAUCAUUAACAAACAUGUUCAGUCCUAAACUAAAUGUUUUUAAAAUGUGUAUUAAAUGUAUUGAGAAUGUGAAAGUCAUGAUAAAAUUAUAUACUUAUGACUAUACCAUUGGCCACAAUGUAGAAAAAUGGGGUAGCAAUAAAAU